AUGGCAACCCGAAUGCGGGGCUCAGUAUCCCCAUCUGUGCGCAUCCUCCUCCUCCGCCCAACCGCUGUCACAACUCGCAUGCCCGCUCAGACACCAUGGCGCAGACUAGCAAGCAAUAACUCAAAGAAGUCCGGAACCUCUCCCAACUGGAUUGUCAACUCACUCGGAGUAGCAGUUGCCGGAGCUGCAGCAUAUUUUGGGUAUUCAUACGUGAAUGGCGACUUCAAGGGCGCAUGGAUCGAGAGUCAGACUGCGCCAGAGAAGCAGGUGAUCAAUGUCAAUGACCUUCGGGCUCAGUUUAUCCAGGAAAAACGAAGCUUGAAGAGUCCGGCUGUCUACACCUGGGGCUCAAACAUCUACAAAGUGGUGGACCCAGGAUCGAAGGAUACUGAUAUUAAAACUCCUCGUCGUUUCAAGUACUUUAACGGCCAGGUCCUGCGUGAUUUCAAAGUGGACGAAAAGUCCGGCGCGGCGAUCACUGAAGGUGGCGAUCUCAUCCAGUGGGGCAAGGGAUUCUCGGAGACAGAGUAUAAGCCAAGCAAAACCUUGACCGGCAAGAACCUGAGAUCGCUUGCGCUUUCGGAGAAUUGCAUUAUAGCUCUAUCCUCAGAUGGCAGCGUGUUCUCUCUUCCCAUCUCCAAGGAAGAGCAGAUCACUGGCCCAAAGCCACGGGAGAGCUCCUGGGUGCCCUUCAUGGGAAGCCGGUCUGGGUUGAGCUAUCGCAAGCUGAACCCGACUUUGGGACUCGGUGAAAAGGUUACGUCCAUCUCAGCCGGCCAGGAGCAUGUCGUUCUUUUGACCAGCUCUGGUCGUGUCUUUACAGCCGUCGCGUCUACCGAACACUAUCCUUCACUUGGUCAGCUCGGUGUCCCCGGGCUGACUUGGACUACCCGCCCCAAGGGCCCGGUCGAUGUAUGCCAUGAAUUAACGGCUUUCAUCGGCUCUAAAGUUACGCAGAUAAGCACCGGUGACUAUCACUCGCUUGCGCUGACUAAGGAUGGACGCGUGUUUGCCUGGGGUGACAACUCUUUUGGCCAACUGGGUGUGGAUUAUGAGCCCGAGUUGCCCUACAAAGACGCGCCCGUCGCCCUUCCUUUGCACAAACUAUAUCGCCGAGGCUUAUUCACAUUACAAGCAACCAGCAUCGCGGCUGGUGGAGCUGGCAGCUUCUUCACUGUCGACGCAAAGCGAACUCUGGGUCCCGAGGAAGAACCUAAGGCAGUCCGUGAUUUGGGCAACGUGACUGCCGAUACUUGGUCUUGUGGUAGGGGCAUUUGGGGCACCUUGGGCACGGGCAGGUGGGUUCACCUUCAAGACUCGCCUUCCAAGGUGAAGGACUUGAGUGGACUGGCUGAAUAUGACGAAACCAAAAACCAAAUGUCACCAAUUCGCCUUCGCAACAUGUCCGUCGGCACAACUCACGUUGCUGCUGUGAUGGACAAUAAGACGACCGUCAGCUCGAAGCCUACAGAUUCCCUUGACAAGUCGCACGACUUUGGCCUUGACGUGCUCUUCUGGGGAGGCAAUGAGCAUUUCCAACUGGGUACUGGAAAGCGAACCAAUCUGCCUAAGCCAAGCUACAUCAAGGCACCCUCCGAGGCUUCGAAGAAGGAUGAGCCAGAAGCACGGUUGCAAAUCAUGCCUCCGCACAAGGGCAAGGUUGGUAAGCGCUCAGUAAAAAUGGAACAACGAGUUGAAUGUGGGCGUCAUGUUUCCGCGAUUUACUCGGCGACUGUCUGA